UCAAACACAAAGAUGAAACUAACCAUUGUGGCACUUGUGGUGGGCCUGUGUGCCUUGUCUUCUUCUUAUCCCCAGCAGCAGAUCACUGAUAAGGGGCUACUCCAGAAGCAAAAAGACAUUCUGAGACUCUUCCGGUACGUCAACCAACCGAGUUAUUACAAGGACUUUAUCGAAAUUGCACAAAAUUUCAAUUUUGAACAAAACUACAACAACUAUGUUAACCAGGAAGUUGCAAAGUACUACUACCAGAUCUACCAGUACGGUUUGCUUCCCAGAGGCCAAGUCUUUUCAGUUUUUUACCAAGAACACUUACAACAAGCUAUAGCUCUCUACAAGCUGUUUUAUUACGCUAAGGACUACCAAACGUUCUACAAUACGGCCGUUUGGGCACGCCAGAAUGUCAACGAAGGCGUUUAUUUGUACUCCUUGUCGGUUGCAGUAGUGCACAGACCUGACACCUAUGGGGUUGUUUUGCCCCCAAUUUACGAGGUCUAUCCGUACUACUUUUUCAACAAUGACGUCAUUCAACAAGCUUCGCAGUACAAACAACAAUACUACGGUGAAAAUCAACGAGGUGGUUCCAAUGGUUACACUAUUAAUGCCAACUACUCUGGGUACUACCUGAACUUGAACCCGGAGCAAUCUUUGUCGUACUUCACUGAAGAUGUUGGGAUUAACUCAUUUUAUUAUUAUUACAAUAUUUACUACCCGUUUUGGUUGGGUGGUCAAGAUUUUAACUACGAGAACGACCUCAGAGGUGAAUUGUUUUACUACGUGUACCAACAAAUCCUAGCUAGGUACUACCUGGAACGGCUCUCGAACGGUUUUGGUGAAAUUCCCUUCUUCAACUAUGAAGUACCCCUUGAAACUGGUUAUUACCCAUCUUUACAAUACUCAAAUGGUUUGCCCUUCCCCGCAAGACCCAAUUUUGCCAAUCUCUACGAAUAUUUCUACAAUUAUGGACAAAAAUAUGGUAACAACCAGUACGCUUAUAGCUACACCAAGGUUCAAGACUAUGAAAGACGAAUCCGGGAUGCUAUCGAUCAAGGCUACAUUUACACCCCUGAAGGCCAAAAAGUCAGUUUGUACACACAACAAGGCAUUAACAUUCUUGGAAAUUUAAUUGAGUCCAACCCUGAUUCGCCCAACUAUCAGUACUACGGAGCUUUGCAAGUCUACGCGAGACACCUUUUGGGGUACUCGUACCAACCCCUGAACCAGUACCAAGUCGCACCUUCGGCCUUGGAACACUUUGAGACGUCGCUUCGCGACCCGGCCUUCUACCAGUUUUACAAGCGAGUACUUUUGUACUUCCAACAGUACCAAGCCAACUUAUCGGCCUACACCGAGCAAGAUUUGGCCUACCAAGGAGUAGAAGUCACCAACGUGCAAUUUGACCGACUUGUCACAUAUUUCGAUUAUUUUUAUUCGGACUUGAGCAACGCUAUUUACGUCACUCCGGAGGAGUUCAAUGGAGAGCAAGUCCAAAUCCGGGCACGCCAAUACCGCCUCAACCACAAGGCCUUCACUUACAAAAUCUACGUCAACUCUAAUCAAGCCCAAAAGGCCAGUGUGAGGAUUUACUUAGGCCCAAAAUACGACGAAUAUGGACGCUACAUUAAUAUAAGCCAAAAUCGGCAAAACUUCGUCCAGUUUGACCACUUUGUGUACCAACUCCAAGCCGGUGAAAACACCAUCGAACGCAACUCCCGUCAGAGUUACUUCUACCAAAACGACAGGACGAGUUACCAAAAGCUGUACCAGAGUGUUUUAGGCGCUUUGAACGGCAAUGGACAGUUUAAUGUUGACUCCAACGAGGCCUAUUUUGGAUUCCCGCGCAGAUUCCUUUUGCCUAAAGGUAAUUAUGGAGGCUACGAGUACCAAUUUUACGUUAUUGUGAGUCCAUACGUGCCUUAUCAAGGCCAACAGUCCGACUCGAAAUAUUACUACCCGCGGGUGGGAAGUGGUGCACAGUACCUUGACAACUACCCCCUGGGCUACCCCUUCGACCGCCCGGUCUACUACGACCAAGUCUACUACAAUAUCCCCAAUUCUUAUAUCUACAGUGCGAAAAUCUACCAUCGGGAUGUCGAAGACAUCAACGCUUCCAGUGCCUCCACUCAAUAAAAUUUGAUUUUUGUCAUGAAAUGUAUUUUUUUGAAUAAAUAAUCACUUUAAUCGAA